AUGUCCGAGCAGCUGGUCGCCCUCUUCCAGAACAUCGGCCUCGCCGAGCAGAAGGCCAAGGAAACCGCCAAAAACAAGAACCUCGCCCCAACCCUCGAAAAGGCCAUCCACUCUGCAGGCUACGACUCAAAGCCUGCCGAAAAGGCUGCCGGUGCUCUCGUCUACGCCCUCGCCUCUACCAUUACCCCCACCGCCCUCCCCCAUCUCGACUACCUCGCCAAGGCUAUCCGCGACUCUCGCCUCACCACCUCUGACCAGGUCUCCGCUGCUAUCAAGUUUGUCCAGGACAAGAAGGAGAUUGACGAGGCCAAGUUCAACGAGGAGUGCGGUGUCGGUGUUGUUGUGACCAAGGAGGAGGUCAACAGUGCUGUCGACGCAUACACAGAGACCGUCAAGGACAGAUUGGUCAAGGAUCGUUACAAGUUUUUUGGUCUCUUCUUUGCCGGUGCCAAGAACAUCCCCAGCUUGAAGUGGGCUAACGGUGGAGACAUCAAGGAAGCUGUUGAUGCCCAGAUGCUCGCUGUCCUUGGACCCAAGGAUGAGCGCGAUGUCGUCGUCAAGAAGAAGAAGGAGGCCAAGGUCGAGGCAAAGGUGGAGAAGAAGGUCGAGACUUCGGCUACUGAGGUCAAGGUCGCAGAUAUGUUCUUUGAGGGAGAGCUCUCAAAAUUGCACAUCCCUGGAGGCAACCCCCAGAUCAAACCCGAGUUGAUGGUUGAGCACUUGAAGGCAACCGGCGGCAAAUACGUCACCCGUUUCCCCCCAGAGCCCAACGGUUUCUUGCACAUUGGACACGCCAAGGCCAUCAACAUCAACUUUGGACUCGCCAAGGCCCACAACGGUAUCUGCAAUCUCCGCUACGAUGACACCAACCCCGAGGCUGAGGAGGAGAGAUACUUCACCUCCAUCUUCGAGAUUAUCAAGUGGCUCGGAUUCACCCCCAGCGAGGUCACCUACUCCUCCACCCACUUUCAGCGCCUCUACGAGCUCGCCAUCGAGUUGAUUAAGAAGGAUAAGGCCUACAUCUGCCACUGCACGGGAGAACAGAUUCAGAUGCAUCGUGGUGGCCCUGAGCGUGGUCCUCGUACUGCCUGUGAGCACCGUGACAGACCCAUCUCAGAGUCACUGGAGUUGUUCGAGAAGAUGAAGAACGGCGGAUUCGAGGAGGGACAGGCCAUUCUCCGCAUGAAGAUGGAUCUCGAGAACGGCAACCCCCAGUUCUGGGACUUGGUCGCCUACAGAGUCUUAAAGACCCCCCAUCACAGGACUGGCUCGGAAUGGAUCAUUUACCCCACCUACGACUACACUCACUGUCUCGUCGAUUCAUUCGAGAACAUCACCCAUUCUCUCUGCACAGUCGAGUUUAUGCAGUCGCGCGCUUCGUACUACUGGUUGUGCGAUGCCCUUGAGGUCUACAAGCCUGUCCAGUGGGAGUACGGUCGUCUCAACGUUGCCAACACCAUCUUGUCCAAGCGCAAGAUUGCCGAGUUGGUCAACAAGAAGCACGUCUUUGACUGGGAUGAUCCUAGAUUGUACACUCUCCCUGCCAUCCGUCGUCGCGGUGUUCCACCUCAGGCCAUCAACAACUUUGUGCACACGUUGGGCGUCACCAAGUCCGACACUGUGAUUGAGGUCUCCAAGUUGGAUGCCUUUAUUCGCGACUACUUGAACGAGACUGCUCCUCGUUUGAUGGGUGUCUUCAACCCCAUCAAGGUCACACUCGAGAACUUGCCCGAGGGUCACGUCGAGAUGUUGACUGUUCAGAACAAGCCUAGAGAUCCCUCAAUGGGUGAGCACUCUAUCCCCUUCACUCGCCAGGUCUGGAUUGACGGAUCGGAUUUCAGAGAGCAGGACGACAAGGAUUUCUUCCGCUUGGCACCUGGCAAGACUGUCGGUCUCCUCAAUGUCCCCUGCCCCAUUACCUGCACCAAGGUUAUUAAGGAUGGGUCUGGCAAGGUUGUGGAGUUGAUUGCUCGCUAUGAGGAUGCUGCCGGUUUCAAGAAGCCCAAGACCUAUAUCCAGUGGGUUGCUGAGAGUCCCAAGCACAACUCACCCGUCCGUCUGGAUGAGGUCCGUCUGUUUGACCGUCUGUUCCACCACGCCAACCCUCAGGACAAGAAGGAGGUUCCCGGCGGAUACUUGAGCGAUGUGAACGCCGACAGCUUGAGCACCGAGAAGGGCGCUUUGGUUGAGAUUGGAUUGUGGGACAUCAUGGAUCGCUGGGCCAAGAGCUCGGAGACCAAGACUGACUACGAGGCCAUGAGGUUCCAGUUGACCCGCAUCGGAUACUUCUGCGUGGACAAGGAGGCUGAUUUGGGUGACUUUAAGGAGAAGCCCGAGGCGUCGAUCAAGGACACUGUCAAGAAGAUUAUCCUUAACCGAACCGUCAGUUUGCAGAUCAACAGCUCCCUCAAGAACCAGGCUUAA